UAACAUAAUAUUUGUGGAAAAAAAUUCAAUUCGAUUAUUUUUCCUAAAGUUUUGACGGCUUUAUUCGCUUAAGUGGUUUACUAAUUUUGUGCUUUCUUUAAAAGAUGGAGACAACAGUUCAAAUGAUGUACUACCUCGCAAAUCAAUUGUUUCAUGCUGCAGCUCAUGUUGGCAAUAGUUAUUGGAACCGGUAUAAAACCAGUAAAGAAGUUGAAAAUUUCCAUCAACUAUCUUCGACCACACAACAACCAUCAUCAUCACCACUAUCACCACCUACACUACCAUCAUCAUCACCAUUACCAACACCACUAACACCAUCACCACCACCAUCACCACCAUCACCAUCAUUAACACCACUACCACCAUCACCACCUACACUACCACCAUCACCACCAUCACCACCAUCAUCAUCACCAUCACCAACACCACCACCACUGUCACCACCGUUACAGCAAAAACAUCAGCUAACGGAACUUCCUGUGGAAAAUUGUGUAACAAUUCUAACAAGGGAUACAGCUGUAAUUGCUGAAAAAACGACUCGUCGUCAGGUUACCUCUAAAUCCCCAUUGAUGAUCUUCAACGAAUUGGUGAAGAAUAAAAAAAUACAGAUACAAGGACAUCAAUGUGGUGCGAAUAAUCACAUUACUAGUUAUACCGCGAUGUUUGAAAUUGGCGGUAAAACAUACACUGGAAAUCACAUUUCAAAACAACAGGCGAAACAGAAGGCCUGUGAAAAAUAUUUAAUGACAAUAUCUAAAGAUAAAUUAAUAAAAAAAAAUAAAGGAUCUCCUGAGAUAGAAGUUGGUGAAAACAUUAGCAAGUUAAAAACAAAAAGACCCCACCAGAAAGAUUUUCUAUGGUCACAAUUUGCAUCAUUUGCCAUGCACAACUUUAUAAAUCAACAGGAGUUAAACCCUUCUAUUAAAAUGGUUAAUUGUAUUCCAAAAGAAUCAACAGUCAUCAAACCACAACCUAAGACAGGGGAUACAGCUGUAAUUGCUGAAAAAACAACUCGUCGUCAGGUUACCCCUAAAUCCCCAUUGAUGAUCUUUAACGAAUUGGUGAAGAGUACAAACAUACAGAUACAAGGACAUCAAUCGGGUGCGAAUAAUCACAUUACUAGUUAUACCGCGAUGUUUGAAAUUGGCGGUAAAACAUACAUUGGUAAUCACAUUUCGAAACAACAGGCGAAACAGAAGGCCUGUGAAAAAUAUUUAAUUACAAUAUUUAAAGAUAUAAUAAAAAAAAAAGGAUCUCCCGAGAUAGAAGUUGGUGAAAACACUAGCAAUUCAAAAACAAAAAGUCCUCACCAGGAAGAUUUUCCAGGGUUACCAUUUGCAUCAUUUGCCAUUCGCCACUUGAUUAAUCAAUGGGAAGUAGAGUCGGUUGUCACAAGAGCCUAAUAUGUACAGGGUAAAAAAUGUUAUAGAGAAACAUAAGAAUAAUGUGUUUAAAUCAAUUUGGGAUUAUUGAUAUACUUGAUUAAAUCAAAUCAAAACAAUAUUAUUAAAGAAAUAUCCAUACUAAAGAAAAUUUGAAAAACUCAAAAUUUUUUUUAUUUAUAAACUAUUAUACAGGGUGAUUUUUUUAUCAAACAACACUUAUUAUUUCCAGAAGUAUUCAUUUUUUUA